GUUAUUAUCAGAACGAUGAGGAGUCAAUCCACAGAAAAUGAAUCAACAAUUUUGAUCAUCGCCACCUCGGAGUGGAUUCAGUUUUUUAAGGAUGCUGGGAUCCCAGCCGGCCUUGCAGUCACUUAUGCAGUCUCCUUCGUGGACAACAGAAUUCACAAGAACAUGCUGAUGGACCUCAGUAAAGACAUCAUGAUGGACCUCGGCAUUACAGUCAUUGGCGACAUCAUUGCCAUUCUUAAACAUGCCAAGCAGGUCUACAGGCAGGACAUGUGCAAAAUGGCCACUGAAGCCAUCUCCUCAGGACAGACCAGUGUGAAAGCUGAGCUCAGAAGAACCGCCAAUACUCCUGCCACUCGUAUGAUUGCCAAUGCUUUGAGCAGUGACUCCCCGCCGGCCACUCCAGCCCGCCGACCCGACAACCGCCUCUCGGUCACAGUGUCCAACAUGCAAGCAAACAAGAGUGGCAAAGCAGUCGUAAGUCAGCCAGCUGACGAGGGAAACGGUUUGCCAGCAGUGAAGCGCCGCCGUGUGACAGCUGAGAUGGAAGGCAAGUACAUUAUCAACAUGCCCAAAGGCUCCACGUCUCGUACACGCCGCAUCCUGGCCCAGCAGGCCAAGAAAGGUUUGAAACGCACCUCUGUGUUUGCAAGACUUGGGGCUGAAUCAAAGGCAGACACAACAACCAGCAAUAACAAGCCCACUGGUGUGUUCAGUCGUCUUGGCAGCGGGGAUGAGGAGCAAGACGGGCCGAUGCCAGGCACAACCGUUGGAAACAUCAAUGUAGAUGACGAGGGGGACAGUGAUGGAGAAGGCUCCGUCCUCCAGUAUGCCGGCGUCCUCAAGAGAAGCCUUCCCUCCCAGAAGAAAGAGACAGCCCGGAAACCAGCCCCGACCACCCUGCGGCGCCUGGGAGGCAAAUUCAAACUACCUCCUUCUGACACUCCCACCUCCUCCUCUUCUUCCUCCCCUAAUGGCAUCCCCCCUGCCAAGGUUAGUGUGCUUCAGAGACUUGGGAGGCUCCCUGCCACGCACCUUAGUGCCGCUGUGUCGCAAACACCUGCUGACACACAGGACAACAGAGUGACCAGCACCAGGCCCAAAGCCCAGGAGGGGCCGACCAUAGCAAGCUCCAAGGUCAGCAGCAGCACUGGGACCGGAGGAGCAGGGGGAGGAGAGUCUCUGGGUGCCCAGAUGGACGUUAGGGCUAUUAGUGUUUUUAAGAGACUGGGCAGUAAGAAAACCUAACGCACAAAUCCCUCAAAAAAGUAUUCAGACUCUUUCUAUUCUUCCUUUAUAGAAUUUGUAUCACUCCUUUUCUGCAUUUAUCCUGGCAACAUGUAGUACAGCAAGUUGGAGUGUAACUUUUGUUCAGCCUGAGUUUAUAGAUGGUUUUAAUGCUGCGUUGUGGCUUUAGGGUUAUUUUUUAAAUAAAAAUAGAUUUGUGUUCACACUUUAGUCAUGUUGCCAUUGGGAAAACCACCUUUUGUGUAGUGUCCGAGGAUGUUUAAUGCGAGGGCUCAAAGUUCUCUUUGUAUUAUGUUGCUCAACCAGAUAGCUAACAAUAUUAAUUAUACCUGCCAUUUCAACCAAGCUGCCAUAAUGGUGGUUUUAAUUUUACCCCAUAACUCCACAUAUAAGGAUGCUGCUGCCUAAACUUCCCUAUUUUGAGAGUCCUCCUGAGUAGAAUAGUAGUGGUCAAUUUUAAUUUGCCUGAAAGGGAAUUAUUUCUGAUGUAAAAGGUAGUGGUGAAACCUUCUUUUUCACACCUCAGGCUUGUUUGGUUUAUUCUUUAAAUUAACACGCAGGACAACAGGUGGACAUAAGACUAGCUGUGUAGUGAUGGUUUAAUCUGGU